UUUUAUAUAUACAGUUUAAAAAACCCGCAAAGUUGUGAAUCCGCAAAAGGUGAACCGCGAAAUAGCGAGAGACUACUGUAUAUAUAUAACAUAUACAUAUAUUGACAUAUAUGUCUUGCAUGUUUUGAUUGCGAUCGCCGCCCAUUUUGUUUUAAAGGUGCCUUUGCCCGUUCCCCAUCUUUUUCACUUAACACACUGGACUCAGUUCUGCAGUGUUUGUCGGUGCAGCUGCACGCGGCCUCACCAUCAAUCACACCAUUGAUUUUUUUUUUAAAGACAUGGGAUUGCUGUCUCCCACCAGAGUUUCACACAAAGUCCUCGUUCUCCGUGGGCAGUCGCAGAGAAGGGAGACAAAGUUCUCCAGUCUGGAGCUUGUGCCCAGAAUAAGAACAAGGUUUUGACCACGAUGACGUCCAUUAAAACAACAACAAUGUGGAAAUACAGCGCCACAUAUGGAGACAAACGGUAAAGUCAAACAAAUCAAACAAGGGCCUGACGGUUUGUUCAUCACGUUCCUGAUUUUACUGACUUCUUUGUUGGUUGUAUAUGUUGCCUAACGACCGCUCGGAUUGGUUGAAAAGAAAAAAAAAAUCAGUUUGAAGACGAAUGAGAGCCAUGGAAUGACAAUGUCAAAUAAAUAAACAUAAAUAUUAUAUUAUAUUUAUAUUUAUACAGAGAGCAAGAGCUAAGAAUAUCUGCAGUGGAACCGAUGGCAGCUGUCAGGGAGCUCGUCAGUAGAAUGUCCCUCUGAACAAGUUCUAGUCAAGUACCGUGCUAUGCAUGUUCCUACAGUUUUGGCACUUUUUUUUUUGCACUAAGCCGAAACCACACAUUAAAAAACCCAACAAGAUUCAGUUGCCUUUAAAUUUUGGAAAAGACAUCGAAGGCUGUGAUAAAAUGGUGAAAACCGAUGUCAAAACUGAGGUACAUGUGACUGAACCGUGACUUUUGGGUAGAUUAACGGUCCAUUAUUUUUACACGUCCUUUUAUGUAUUACGUAUAUGAGCGGCAUUUGCAUUUGUAACUAAUGUCGGUUUGAACGUCUUUGAUAUCAAAGUCGCUGUUCACAGUGGUCAUGAUGCCUUUGAUCUGAAUGACAAAAAAAAAAAAUUCCAUCGUCCCAAUUUGUCGCUCGGUGCCGCGUCCUGUCGUAAACAAUGCUUCCAACCAUUAAGACACGUCUAGAGAAGCACAUUCUGAAGCCAUGGUGGGACACGUUUACCGACUACAUCUCCAUUUUCAUGAUGAUCAUUUCAGCCUUUGGAAUUUUCCUGCAAAACACCCGGGAAAACAUGACCUGCAUGCCCUGCGGCUCCGUGGACAACAAGCAAUGCGGGACACUUAGUGCGAAAGACGCAGCUUUCAGCACACAGAACGUGAGCAUCAUCCCUUGGGACGUUUACGCUAGUAACUUCUGUUACGAGCAGAGCGUACACUGGUUUGGCAAAUACGCCCCCUACCUGUUGAUCUUCCAUACUCUGGUCUUCGUGACCUGCAGUCAGUUCUUGUUCACGAUCCCAUGCACGAGCUCCAACCUGGACAAGUUUGUGUCCAUCCUUCUCGAGUGCAAUGACUCGCCGUGGACCACGAAGGCGCUGUCCGAGACUGUGGUGGGGGAGAGCGACCUGGCCACGUACGAGAAGAAGAACACGUGGUCGGAGGAGGAGGCGCGCAUGCAUCUGCGACAGAGAACUAAGUCGAGAAUUGAAACUAAGAUUUUAGGGAGAAAAGACGGGGAGCAGGCCAAAGCUCUGUUUGAGAAGGUAAAAAAGUUCCGAAUGAAAGUGGAGAAGGGCGACGUCAUCUACCUCGUCUACAUUUGUCAGACCAUCGUCAAAAUACUGAACGUUGUACUCUUGAUCAUUUACCUGGCCUACUAUGUGAAGUUUAUCGAGUUCAAUGUCGUAUGCCCGUUGAAAGUCGCAAGCUACAGCUCGCUGUCCUGCAUCAACACUUCGGCGUACCCCUUCAAGUUUCUGAUUCUGGCCUACGUCCUGCUGGGGGUGUUGUACGGCUUCAGCUGCCUCUACACCGUCAGUUGGAUGUUCAAUCGCCCUCUCAAAACGUACUCUUUCGAAGCGAUCCGAGAAGAGAGCAGCUACAGAGACAUACCCGACAUGAUGAACGACUUCGCCUUCAUGCUGCACCUGACCGACCAGUACGACCCCCUGUACACCGAGCGCUUUGCCGUUUUUCUGUCAGAAUCCAGCGAGAAAAGGCUGCGGCAGCUGAACCUGGACAACGAGUGGAAGCCCGAGAGGCUGAGUCAGCACAUGAUCACCAACAGGCAGGGGAAGCUGGAGCUGCAGCUGUUCAAGCUCACCGGGAUGCCGAACAUCGUGUUUGAGCUGAAGGAGCUGGAAGUGCUGAAGCUGGUACUUAGUCCCUUCCUCAUAAUACCUUCGCACAUCUUGCAGCUCUCCAACCUCACAGAGAUGUGGCUCUGCCACACGCCUGCUGAGAUUGAGGAUCAAGCCCUGGCUUUUCUGAUUGAGAACCUGAAAACCCUCCAUGUUACAUUCAGUGACUACAAGGAGAUCCCCAAGUGGAUCGGUAGCCUGAAGAACCUCAACGAGUUGCACCUGACCGGAAACCUGGGCUUCAUCGAGCUGGGGGACCUGAAAAUGCUCAAAGUUCUUUACCUGAAAAACAACCUGUCCAAGUUACCACAGGCGGUGGCCGACUUGCAACUUCAGAAACUUUCCAUCAGAAACAACGGUACUAAGCUGACCACCAUUGACAGCAUAAAGAAAAUGACCAAACUGAUGGAGCUGGAGCUCGUCGCCUGCAGCCUCGAUCACAUCCCGUCUGCCAUCUUCAGUCUGAACAACCUGCGGGAGCUGGACCUCAAGUACAACAAACUGACCGCGUUUGACCAAUUCCCUCUGCCGAGGCGGCUCGUGUGCCUAAAGCUGUGGCACAACAACAUCACCUACAUCCCCAAUGAAAUCGGACGACUGGCGAAGUUGCAGAGACUGUACGUGAGCAACAACAAAAUCGAGAGGAUCUCGGAAGAACUGUUUUCUUGUUUAAAUCUGCAAAUUUUAGACCUGAGUCAUAACAAGUUGACUAGCAUCUCCGCUAACGUGGGACGACUACAGAAACUUCAGCACUUCGCCGUCACGGCCAACAUGAUCGAGAUUUUGCCAGAAGAGCUUUUUAAAUGUAAGAGGCUGCAAACGCUGAGAGCGGGGAACAACUGCCUGCAGACGCUGCCGCUGAGCGUCCAGGAACUCAGCAUGUUGAGCGAGCUGCAGCUGAAGGGGAACUUGCUGGAUCGUCUGCCGGUGGAGCUCAGCGAGUGCCGACUGUUGAGAAGGAGCGGCCUGGUGGUGGAGGACUUCCUCUUCAAUAUGCUGCCGCCAGAGGUCAAAGAGCAAAUAUCUGUCAGCUGACGAGCUGAAACAAAAUCUCAUUGGCUGUCGCUCCGUACGGCAGCGGCUCCAUGAGGCGUUCGGCUGUUUCACUGAAAAGUCAGGUACGGCUUCUCAGCGACACGGUGACCAGGGUCAGUGCAAACCCGACAGACACGGUGAACUACUGUACACGAAAACAUAUUUUGUACAGUUUAUAUUUCUCUGAAAAAAUAAAAGCACGCAAGGUUUCGAAACCUGUUGUGAUAAAACCCGUGUUUAAAUAGGUCGACUUGUUUUUUUUGGUCCCAUCUGGUUCUCUUCACCUUAACAAAGAAGUUUUCUAGAAUACUUUUGAAAAGGGUGGUGACAAACGUCUAGAGUCGACCCGUCAUUUUUCAAAAUAAAACACCUAUUGCUCUGGUAAAAAAUUGCUAUAGAACAGGUCUCUGUGACCUGGUACCCAUGGUCCACUACUAGUCUGGGACCCGGUGGUUGGGAACCUUUUGUGAAGUACUACAUUUUACUUUAUUUUUACUUUUCAGGGAGAACUGGAGCCAAUUUA